GAAGGGGGGAGGCCGCCGGCUCAGGCCGAGCCCGCCCGCCGCUGCCGACGCGCGGACACCCCUGCCGACAUGGUCCGGCCCGCCGCCGCGCCGAGCCGGCCUUUGAGUGGGGAAGGCGGGAAAAUGGCGGAUGCCGGCGACGCCGGGAAGCCGGCUGGGAUCCCCGGCACUUCUGGUGGGGCCAAGAUGAAAGAGAAGCGAGGACGAGGGGGAAGAGUGGUCGAGUCCCGGUACUUGCAGUAUGAGAAGAAAGGCGCCAGAAAGGCUCCUGCGGCUGACACCUCCAGGUGUGGCGGGAAAGCCCCCGACAGCGGGAGGAAGGCCGGCGUUCAGCAGAGCCGAGGUGUGCGGGAUGGCAGUGGCCUUGGCCAGGGGGACCUGCAGUCGACGAUGCUGGAAGGACACAGCGCUGCCCCACCUGACCUGGACCUCUCCGACAUCCACGGCAAGAGUAUGACCGUGAAGACGCCGCAGCCGAGCAAGAAGCCGUCCAGGAAGGCAGCGUUGUCGACCUGUGCCCCAAGGAGGAAGGGCCCCACGUUAGCCGAGCAGAUGGAGAUGACAGAGUCACAAACUCUGCUGUUUACACUGCUGGCCACCAAGAUGGAGAAGAGGCUGGCCGAGCAGGAGCAGCGGGCGGAGCAGGAGCUGGUUCUCCUGGAGCGGGAGAAGGAGCGGCUGCAGACUGAGAGCGCCGAGCUGCGGCGACGGCUGCUGCUGCAGCAGAAGCAGCGCGAGCUGGAGGCCAAGUUCAACGCCCAGAUGCAGGUGCUGGGCCCCUUGGUGGAGGUGGCCGACCGCUUCCAGGAGCAGUACAAAGCGCUGGCCGCGGCGCUGGACAGCACCCGACACGAGCUGCCCGGGCGCGCCAUCCACCUGGAGCAGGACGGACGGCACCUGCUGGACUCCCUGCAGCUGGAGCUCACCACCACGCAGCGCCUCCUCCAGGAUCUGGGCGUGGGCCCGGAGGAGGAGAAGCCCACGCGGGCGCUGGACUUGCUGAGGGAACUGCGGGCCCUGGCCACCCAGAAGGACUUGGAGCUCCAGAGGAGCUUCGCCGAGGUGCUGGAGCUGUCUGCCGAGGCGAGUCAGGAGGCCGCCCUCGUGAACCAGGAAGUCCUGGAGCGAGUGGGGGGCCUGGCCGCCCCCAGCCGCUGGUACUUCGGGGAGGGCACCGCCCAUGGGGAGCCGCCCGGAGGUCUCCCCGAGGCCACCCCGCCAGCCGGCGCCCUAGCUCAGCUUACAUGGAGACCUCGGGGGACCUGGGUCCCUGUGCCUCAACACCUAGCCCUGGGAAACCACAGUUGUUAGGGAGACCAUGGAAGG